UUGGCCACUAUAAAGUGCGCUUAUGUUCCUGUUGCAAUAAAAUAUCCCUUCAAAUAUGAACCAAUAUAAGGAUGAUCGCUAUAUGGCUAUGUGCAGUGAAAGAACCUUACAGACGAACUCAAAAGGGUUUUUCAUGAACUUCGCCCAGCUGGUCAGUGAAAAUGUAGGAGAAGAGUGGAUAAAACAUGUAUUCGGCAAACUGAAAACCGACAGGCAACGAAUUAGGUUGGUGUACAAUCACAAACAGACUAUGCUUCCUAUGACUGACGUACUGAGCAACGUGCAAGAAAUCUACAGAAGAAAAAGUGCAGAGGUUUCAGAAGCAAAACGACUGGAAGCAGAAAAGGCAACCAAAGAAGGAGAUCUGCAGAAGGCCUUGCUUCUCUAUAGCCAGAGCGUUCUGAGAGCACCCAAAACAGUAAAUAGCAAGUAUAGGAACAUAGAUGUAAACGAGUUAUAG